ACGCCGCUUAAACAAAUUUCGCAGUAGUGUAUUUACCUUGCCCCAAAAGCUGUCCUGAUGUGUGAUAAGUUCGGAAUAUAGACGCAAAGAAGUCCGGGUACAUGUUUUUUCAAACCCACUAUUGCAGCUCUUAUUUUCUUCCAAAUCGCGUCAGUACUGUAUAAAAGAAGGGAAAUUCAAGAGAACAGAAUUAGAGAGAGAGAGAGAGAGAGAGAAAAGGAAUGGAAGCCAUGCGCAGCUCGAAGAUGAUGAUGAUGAGCAGCUCAAAAAAAGAUCUUUUUCAUGUUAUUCAUAAAGUUCCUCAAGGUGAUACUCCUUAUGUUAAAGCCAAACAUGCUCAGAUGGUACAGAAGGAUCCAGAAGCAGCAAUAGUAUUAUUUUGGAAGGCAAUAAAUGCGGGGGAUAGGGUAGACAGUGCACUAAAGGACAUGGCCGUGGCGAUGAAGCAACUAAACAGAAGCGAAGAAGCCAUUGAGGCUAUCAAGUCUUUCAGGGGCCGUUGCUCAAAACAAGCGCAAGAGUCACUUGACAAUGUUCUCAUUGACUUGUACAAGAAAUGUGGGAAAGUAGACGAGCAGAUUGACUUGUUAAAACGAAAGCUAAGAUUAAUAUACCAGGGAGAGAUCUUCAAUGGAAAACCGACCAAGACUGCACGCUCCCAUGGGAAGAAAUUUCGAGUUUCCGUUAGGCAAGAAAUUUCAAGAUUGCUGGGAAAUUUAGGCUGGGCUUACAUGCAGAAAUCAAACUAUCUGACAGCAGAGGUGGUGUAUCGAAAAGCCCAGAUGAUAGACCCGGAUUCCAACAAGGCGUGCAACUUGGGUCUUUGCCUGAUCAAACAAGGCAGAUAUGAGGAUGCACGUUCAGUCCUUGAAGAUGUAUUGCAACGUCAAAUUCCAGGUUCAGAAGACAUGAAAGCCCGGAAUAGAGCUGAGGAAUUGUUAAUGGAACUUGAAGCCGUGCAGCCACCACUGGAAUUAUCGGAUAUUCUGGGCCUUGAUGAUGAUUUUGUGAAUGGGCUUGAGGUCUUUAUGAAUGAAUGGGCCCCAGUUAGAUCAAAGAGACUACCCAUUUUUGAAGAGAUCUCCUCAUUCAGAGAUCAAUUGGCUUGUUAAUAUUUGUUCUUUUGGUUGUUCAAAGGAGUCCUUAAUUUGUGCUAUAUAAUUGGGGUGGGAUUAGUUUUAUAUAUGUAGGAAUAAGGCAUGCUGUAAAUACUAAAUAUAUAGUGUAAAAGUGCACAACCGAAACCUAUUUGCCUUUUAUUAACACUAGUUUCCUAUUAUAUGAACAUUUCUGAAAUACAAAAAAAAAAAAAAAAAAAAAAAAACUUA